AUGGCUAAAAGAACCCUAGACGCAUUCUUCAAACCUACCAAUCCACCGCCCAAUCCAAUAUCACCAAUACCAACCUCAACCCCCAAACGUCCCAAAACCGAAGAAACACAAGCAACACUCAAACCCACAAUCUCGCCAGCACCCCAACCCACAGCCCUCGAAGACCAAAUCCCCCCAACCACACACCCAAGCUACCCAAUCCCAAUAGCAAACCUACCAACCCACAUCCAAGUCGGCCUAGAACACGCAACACCAGCCCGACCACCACGCGAACAAAAAAACCAACCAGACCUCGACCUCCUCUAUUACCAACCGUACAUACCCAAAGAAACAGCGAACGAGCUCUUCAAGUUCCUACGCCGAGAACUGCCCUUCUACCGCGUUCAAUACAAAGCGCGAAGAGGAGAUAUCGAGACCCAGAUCAACACACCGCGGUACACGACAGUUUUCGGGGUCGACGAGACGGGCAAAUUCCGCGAAGACAAAAAUAACAAUCACAAUGACACCAACAAUGACACCAACAACGACAACGACAACAAUCCCAAGAUAACGCUAAUCGAAACCAAAACUUCCCUCCCGCCCCCAAAACACAAAUACAAGCAGCCGCCCCGCCCAAUCCCGCCGUGCCUCGACAUCCUCCGACAACAAGUCGAGAAAGCAAAUAACAUGCGCGAAACCGAAAGCUACAAUUUCUGCCUGGUGAACUACUACGCAUCAGGUGAAGACAGCAUAGCCUUCCACUCGGACGACGAGCGGUUCCUCGGCUCCGAGCCGAACAUAGCUUCGCUCUCGCUGGGUGGCGAGAGGGACUUUCUCAUGAAGCACAAGCCGUAUGCUCCUGUUCAGAUUCCAAUUCAGCGGGGGGAAAGUACUACUGGAGAUGUUGGGCGGACGUUGGUACGACCGCAGGAGCAGAUUAAGAUGGGUCUUAAUUCGGGGGAUAUGGUUGUGAUGCGGGGUGCUACGCAGGCGAAUUGGUUGCAUAGUAUACCGAAGCGGAAGGGGAAGGCUGGGGAGAUGACCCGGGGACGGAUUAAUAUUACGUUUCGACGGGCUGUGGUGCCUGCUGGGACUAAUAAUUAUUAUCAUUAUAAUGUUGGGGAAGGGGGGAUGUAUCGGUGGGAUGAGGUUUCGAGACGGAUGGUUGAGCAGGGGAAGGCGGCGGAUGCAUCAUGA